AAAAUAUUGCGAUGCCACUUCAGUUUUUUGCCUGCUUAUCUCGCACUUGGUUGUGUGUCUCGUUUUUUGGCUGGUCCGUCAUAGCAGCUGCUGGGGAAACGGCACCAGCUGUGAACGAUGGGAAAACGGUACCAGCUGCGAACGAGGUUAACAACACCACGACGGACGAGUCCGAACUAACGCUGCUACGCAAUGUGGUGAUCCCGGACCCGCACUAUGGACACGUUAAAUCGGUCGGGGCGUGCUACUACUGCUUCGACAAGUUGCGCAACAACAUGGGUCUAGCGUCGACCGCAGACCAGCUGGACGAGGCUGAUGCUGAAGACGACGACGACGACGACGACGUCAACACAAGAACGGAGAAAAGAGCGCCAGUCUUUGAUGGUGCGACAUCGCAGGAGUCAAACUCAAAGAGUGACGAGUCAUCAAAAACCGCCUAUCGCUACUCAUCCAACGUGAUGCGCUAUGCGUUCAGCAAAAAACAACUUCUUCCCUUCUUCUACGGGCUUUCCACGGAUCGGUGGACGCGGUACCGGCGUCGGCUGAACAAACUGCACUGUCCCCCGUACGUGCUGCAGGCGUUGCAGUUGUUUCGCAACACGACCGAUUUCUUUCUAGAUCUCGGCGGCGACUUGGGGGAUUGCUCUGCGGCGGCCUUUUGGCGAAAACUCGUCAGGCGUGGCACGGUGAAUGUGGACGGCAGGGUAGCCGCUGUGCGGGCUUGGAAAGCGACCGCUGGAGCGUUCGCAGGCACGGGAAGCAGCUUGCGGAGCUCGGGCCAGUCCACUGAUGAGGUGCAACUACCCGUCUCGCUGCAGCCUUCACACCAAAUCUGGAAGCGACCCUUAUUUCAGUCUUCUACGCUAGAGCAGAAGAUCUCGACCACAAGUUUGUCUCAACCAGACGUCGAGAGUCAUGAAGAUGAAUCACGUGCCUUCUUUCAGAAGCGCGCAAGCGCGUGGAAGACCGGGUGGACCGCUGCUCGCGGAGCUGCCGAGACACCCGAGAUGCAUUCCGUCGCAAGUAGCGCUCAAGACGAAGACCGUUGGUGGAGCUAUUCCGUGCGGGCCCGAUCCUCGUCCUCUUCGGACGCGGACAACCUUCCUUUUCUCCUCGCGGGUGGUGCCUUUGUUCUGGGACCUGGCAGCGCCGUGGGAACGCUUCGCCGAUUUCCCGAGUCUGGCGAGAGCUGCGGCGGGUUCACCGAGGCCUACUGUAAGGGCGACAACGCCUGCGGGGAGACGGCAAAUCGUUUUGUAGGAACAUGUCCUGUGGAGCGGUGGCAGGUUUGUAGUCGAGAUGCUGGGGGAGGGGGACGAGGCAAUAAAGCAACCACUGUCGAUAGAAAAACACUCCUGGACGAAGAUGACGACUGCAUUGAGGUGGGUUCGGUCAAGAGUGUGGUUGACAAAGUGAUGGUUGCCGCAGCAAGACUCGAACAACCAAACCCCAAGAGCAUCGGCAGCAGCACUUCUUAUUUCGGUUUGCGCGUGAAGCUAACCGGCUCGGACGUCUGGCCAGUGAUCCGCGACAUUCCGGACGAGUUUUUGAAUUGCAAAGGCGCAAGUUCUUCUGAUUCUCCUGCUGCUGGAAGUGCGAGGACAUCUUCAUCACAAUUUUCAUCUCACUCGUCGGCUGUAUCGCAGCCCUGUAUCCGAUGGUUUUCUCUGGAGGAUGUUUUCACGGUCUCCACCGCGGACGCGAAGCAGUUCAUCCACAAGCUCUUUGUCCAGCACGACUUCGCUAUGGUCCGCUUCCGGACGCAGCGCGAGAGCACGGUGAUGAGCCUACCCUGUGUUCCGUUCCACGACUGGAAGCGGUGCAAUGUGCGCGACGUGCUCGCGAUCAAUUGCGCGCCCGCGGCAGAGAAUAUCGUCGAUAAUGCACACGAAGAAGCAGCGGUGGCGGUGGACAAGAGCUGGCACCUGGCUGCCAGUCUUAGCAAGCUACUGAGCCCGGAGGAGCAUGCAGCCACCAACCGAACGGCUCUGGAAAAACUGGUCUACCGGAAGAAUAUUCGUAGGAAACAAGGUCAAAAACCAGAUGCCGCAAGUGCGUCGUUUACUCUCAAUGAAGCAAAAGCAAUUGCAUUUACCAAACAGUGCCUUCAAAACUUUCCGCAGCUGAAAGCGUUACAAAAACUUGAUCCCAGCGGUAUCCGUAGCUACGUUUCGGAAAUUUCG